ACCCCUAGCACCUCUUCUUCUUUCCUUUUCUUUUCGCCGCGUUUCCGGAGAGGUUGCGUUAAGCCACGUGCUGAAUUUCUUGAUUUGCUAGUUUAGUGAAUACGGAGAAUUCGUCUUUUUUUUCUGUGCUAAGUGUUAAAUAGCAGAGCUAGAAAAAUGGUGAAGGUUAAGUGCUCCGAGCUGAGGACGAAGGACAAGAAGGAACUCACCAAGCAGCUGGAUGAGCUCAAGAAUGAGCUGCUCAGCCUGCGCGUGGCUAAGGUGACUGGAGGAGCUCCCUCCAAGCUCUCCAAGAUCCGCGUUGUCCGCAAGGCCAUCGCCCGCGUCUACAUCGUGAUGCACCAAAAGCAGAAGGAGAAUCUACGCAAGGUCUUCAAGAACAAGAAGUACAAGCCCCUGGAUCUGCGCAAAAAGAAGACCCGCGCCAUCCGCAAGGCUCUGUCUCCGCGUGAUGCCAACCGCAAGACCCUCAAGGAGAUCCGCAAGCGCUCCGUCUUCCCCCAGAGGAAGUUCGCCGUCAAGGCCUAGGAUGCAUCCAGAUACUCUCUGUCUAUAGUGCGUGUUAAGGGUUCUUCGGUUCAAUGAAGAAGAAAAACGAAAUAAAAUCUUUUUUUUAAAGUGAAAAAUA